AUGAUCAUUAACCCAAUAUCCACCUCAUGUAAACCUGAAACACCUCAUAAAAUAUUGUUUCAUAAUGAGUACAUGGGGCAAAUCAAGUCAUCCAUUUCAAACUUCAAAACUCCACCAUCUGUUGUCACACUAGGGGAAGGUUGGAGACCAUUGUGUGGGAGUAUGGGCAAGAUAGUGUAUAUUUGGGUGGGGCGAACAAGUGGGGAAGAUGAUGAUAACCUGUGGCAGAUUUUUGGUGAUGACUUCAUUGUUAGAAAAGCUCUGGAAACAAGCUCUAUUGUUCAGGUUUGGGCUGUUACAAGGGUAGUGAUGGGAUUGCAAAUAAUUUUAAUGAACUUGUUCCUGAUAUGGGAUUGUAUAGAAUCCAUCUCUGAUUUGAGUUCACCUCUUCAACGACUGAAGAAUCCAUCUCUUCGUUUUGAUCCAACGCAGCUCCCUGUGACACACUUACCAAUUCGAGGUGGAUUAUCUUUGAAUAUUCAACCAUACAAGGCAACUAGAGAUAAAAAAGUUUCCAACUUUUUCCCUGCAAUGUUGGAAGGCUACAAUAGAUGA